AUGAGUUCCCAGAGAGCAGACAAUGUGUCCCAGGACUCUGGCGACACCUCUAACACGGGUACGGGAAAUGUUGGUCCUAUAACCUGGGACGAUGCCACUUGGAUCCUCACAAGUUCGUUUAUUAUUUUCACCAUGCAGUCAGGUUUUGGACUUUUGGAAGCAGGCUUUGUUUGCGGUCAAAAUCAUAUCAACCUAAUGUGCAAUGCUCCUGGUUUUGGACUGCUUGAGGUAGGAUGUGUUUCGGGAAGGAACGAGGUGAAUAUCAUGAUGAAGAAUGCCGUCGAUGUUAUCUUUGGUGGUAUAUCUUAUUGGGCCGUAGGAUAUGGUCUCACAUUUGGAAUGGAUUAUGGUUCGAAUCCAUUCUGUGGCAUUGGUGACUUCUUCGUUGACUCUAAUGACGAACGAAUGGGUCUUCUAUUUGCAACGUUUGUUUUCCAGUUGUCCUUUGCUACAACGGCGACAACCAUAGUCUCAGGCGCUAUGGCAGAACGGACCAAGUUGCUGUCGUAUAUAUUGUUUUCUGUGUUGAACACGUUGGUGUAUUGUAUCCCUGCUCACUGGGAGUGGGCGACCAAUGGUUUCCUUCGAACCAUGGGAUGUGUCGAUAUUGCAGGUUCCGGUGCAGUGCAUCUUACUGGUGGUGUUUCCGCUUUGGUGGCCGCCAUCAUUCUUCAACCCCGUUUGGGAAGGUACGAUAAGGGAACUGGUCAGAAAACGCCACCGAAUCCUGUCAGCGCUCUCGUCGGCAUGUUUAUGCUUUGGUGGGGUUGGCUUGCCUUCAAUUGUGGAAGUACGUUUGGAAUCUCUGGUGGAAAAUGGCAGCUUGCAUCAAAAUCUGCUGUUACAACACUGAUCGGCUCUAUGGGUGGAGGUGCCACAGGUGUCAUAAUCUCCUUCAUCAUAAACAAUAGGAAGUACAAUGUGGACUAUCUAGUGAACUCCGUACUUUGUGCUCUAGUCUCGAUCACAGCUGGAUGUGCCGUGAUCAGACCAUGGGAAGCCCUCAUCAUCGGCUCUAUAGGAGGCGUCCUAGCUAUAUGCUCGACAAAGCUCAUGGACAAGCUGAAGAUAGAUGAUCCUGUCGGUGCCACAGGUGUGCACGGAGCCGGUGGAAUAUGGGGCAUGUUAGCGGUCGGCUUGUUCGCCGAGAAUGAUUCCUUGGAGAACACGACUCGAGGGCGGUCCGGAGUGUUUCACGGAGGUGGUUUCUACUUGAUAGGAAUACAACUUCUCUCGGUCGUCUGCUUGAUAACUUGGAGUGCGCUGACUUCCUUUAUUUUACUUAUAAUUAUUAAGUACACUGUUGGCCUCCGUCUGAGUGAGGAGGAGGAACGCCUUGGCGCAGACUUCGUUGAGCACAACAUUGGCGCGGACAUACUCGGAGGACAGUUCCUAGGUAGACCGGACAGUGCAUUUGACAUGCGACGCCGGGGCACGUUACCAUGUACCCAGACCGAUGAACCCCAAACAGUCGACAGUAACGACAAAAGACGCCGCGAGUCUGCCACCUCCAGAAAGCUGAAAACCGCGACCCAACAGCAACGCGGGAAAACCACGACUCCACAGCAACGCGGAUUACUCCGACGACAAGAUAAAGUCGUGCCUGACACCAUACCAGGACAAUGUAUUCUUUAUCAAUAAUAUACUACAAGACAAGCAGCGCCUGACAGUUCUAGUGAAGUACAAUGUGAUCUUUAUAGAGUAGAUCUUUAUACAACAGAUCACGUAAAUCUGAAACAUUCGGGUAUAUGUUAUUUGUGCAGUUAUGCAGUUGGUCGGAUGUGUGAUUUCAUAACUACAGGUAGAUUUAAGAUGAAUGGGACACGGCAGGUUUUCGGAUGGACCACUUUUGGGUGAGCGUCGAUCUUCUGAAUUGGAAAGAAUCGCCAGAAAAAUGCAAUAAUUUGGUGAAACAAAAUUAACUGGAUCUCUAUUUUAACCAUAUGUGACCGCGCCGUCGCUGCCGUCCAUCUCUGGGAAGGGAAAACACAAAACUUAACCUUAAUGAAAUAGCAGUGUCUUUUUCAUCUUGACAGUUGACGUCUUGUUAAUCGCUAUCAUGGCUAGCCGUAGUGUAAGUUCGUCAUGAGGGGGAUUGGGAAUGAGGUUGGGCAGUAAUUAUCGAAGGGAGGGGAUUUCCAUGGCUUUUGAAACUACUGGUGGUUGUAAAAGGGAUUACUUACAACAACGUUACAUACAAUGCCCGUGUUAUAAUCUGUAUUACCCGGGGUAUCACAAUAAUAUGACGUCACACUCUUAACAAGGUGAGUACGAUACCGAUGUGAUCAUAUUACUGUGACGUCAUAUAUAGCAGAUGUUAGAAUGAUAUUCAUGGGAUCACAUUAUCGUGACGUCACAUGUUAUACUAUGUUAGUAUAUUUACAUUUGCUCCGCAUUUCCCCAUUGACACAAUGCUAAGAGGCAGUUGCCACCAUACGCCUAUAACACCCAGUGCCUCAGGCUAUAACACCCAGUGAGUCAUGUGACAUUAAAAAAGGCAGGUUUAGCUUUUUUUCAAAGUUGACGGAAAUGGUAAGACAAUGUAAAUAUAAGUGGUUUUAAUGUUGUUAUAGUUGAUAUGUCCACAGUGUUAGUAUGACAUCAAACUACUGUGUCGUCAUAUGUACUACAGUGUUAGUGGUAAUGUGAUGUCAUAUGUAGUACACGUACAAUGUCACCAUUAAUGAGUUAUACAUGUGAUCACGAAUUACUUCAACUUAACUUUAUGUUAUGUUUUUAUUGUUCCAGUGUUUAGCUGUCAUUUUAAUAAAAGUCUAGGUAAAUGCACAUUGUCAAAGCACACUCAGUACCUGUAUGUGUAUACUCAAGUCAUUAUAGAUAUUGUCCAAUUUAACGAUAGUAAGCUGUGAUGGAUAUUUUUCAUGGAAUUUAAACAUGUUCAUAUUUUUUGGGAGAUGAGUUUAUUCAGUAAACAACUAUACACAGAUUGUACAUUGUUACAUUAUUUUUGUAAAUAAAAAUGCAUCAACCUUACUUCUGAGAAUUUCACCUCAAUUUAUGUUUAUUUAAAUUACGUUAUUGAAGAAAAAAAAACAAUGUUGGCCAUUAUCUUCAAUAAUUUAAAAGUCUCAUUGUUAUAUUGCGUAAAAUUCAAUUUCAAAGUUCUGAUGAAAUGUCAUAAUUAUUAAAUCGUUGUUAAGG